AGGUUUUGAGAGUAUUUUAGAAGGGCUUUAUGGACCACGGCUACGAAGAGACCUCAGUUUAUUUGAAGGAUUGUAUACCAUCUCUUGAUUCUUCACAGUCAACACCAACAGAGGAGCUAUCAUCUCAGGGCCAGUCCAACACUGAUAAGAUUGAAUGCCAAGCAGAAAAUUACCUAAAUGCACUCUUUCGAAAGAAAGAUCUUCCUCAGAACUGUGAUCCUAACAUUCCCCUAGUUGCUCAGGAAUUAAUGAAAAAGAUGAUACGUCAAUUUGCGAUUGAGUACAUUUCAAAAAGUGGUAAAACUCAAGAGAAUAGAAAUGGUUCAAUUGGACCAAGUAUAGUAUGUAAAAGUAUCCAAAUGAAUCAAGCAGAAAACUCCCUUCAGGAAGAACAGGAAGGCCCCUUAGACCUCACUGUGAAUCGAAUGCAAGAACAAAAUACUCAGCAAGGGGAUGGAGUGUUAGAUCUCUCUACAAAGAAAACCAGCAUAAAAUCUGAAGAGUCAUCCAUAUGUGAUCCUUCUUCUGAAAAUUCAGUGGCUGGGAGACUACACAGAAACAGAGAGGACUAUGUGGAAAGAAGUGCUGAGUUUGCAGAUGGUUUGCUCUCAAAAGCUUUGAAAGACAUUCAGUCUGGAGCACUGGACAUAAAUAAAGCAGGCAUACUUUAUGGCAUACCUCAAAAAACUUUACUUCUUCACUUAGAAGCCUUACCAGCAGGGAAGCCUGCAUCUUUUAAAAACAAAACUCGAGAUUUCCAUGAUAGUUAUUCAUAUAAGGACAGUAAAGAAACUUGUGCAGUGCUGCAAAAAGUAGCCUUGUGGGCAAGAGCUCAAGCAGAGCGCACAGAAAAAAGUAAACUCAAUCUACUUGAAACCUCAGAAUUAAAAUUCCCAACAGCUUCCACUUACCUCCAUCAGCUAACUCUACAGAAAAUGGUCACUCAGUUUAAAGAAAAAAAUGAAAGCCUCCAAUAUGAAACUUCAAAUCCUACUGUACAGUUAAAAAUUCCUCAGCUACGAGUAAGUUCUGUCUCAAAAUCACAACCUGAUGGUUCUGGUCUGCUGGAUGUUAUGUAUCAAGUUUCCAAAACCUCUUCAGUCCUAGAAGGAUCAGCUCUCCAAAAACUGAAAAAUAUACUCCCUAAACAGAACAAAAUAGAAUGUUCUGGGCCUGUAACUCACUCAAGUGUUGACUCUUACUUUCUACAUGGGGACCUCUCUCCUUUGUGUCUUAAUUCUAAAAAUGGAACAGUUGAUGGAACCUCUGAAAAUACUGAAGAUGGAUUAGAUCGAAAAGACAGUAAGCAGCCCAGGAAAAAACGUGGCCGCUAUCGGCAAUAUGAUCAUGAAAUAAUGGAAGAAGCUAUUGCAAUGGUAAUGAGUGGAAAAAUGAGUGUUUCCAAAGCACAAGGAAUUUAUGGGGUACCUCACAGCACUUUAGAAUACAAGGUAAAAGAAAGAUCUGGAACACUGAAGACUCCUCCGAAGAAGAAACUACGAUUACCAGACACUGGGUUAUAUAAUAUGACAGAUUCAGGGACUGGCAGCUGCAAAAACAGCAGCAAGCCUGUGUAGAUUACUUGUUAGGAAAAUGUGUGUGUGUGUGUUUGCGUGUGUGUGUAUGUGCACAGGUGUGUAUUUGUGUGUCUAUAUACACACAUGUGGGAAUUACAAAUGCUCACUCUGACAGGAGACAUGAAAUUUUACAGUUCAAAAACCACUUACAUGCCUUUUGAAAAAAAGUUUUAUUCAGGGUUUUCACUGUGGACAGAAUUAUAUAGUUGCUUACUUAAUUCUGAUAGUUUGUAUUUAAUCCUUGUAUAAAUAGGUGAAAAAGAUUCAGGUUUUCUUUAGUAGUCAAUAGCAUAAAGCGUUGUGGGAAAACGAGUAAUUGUCAAGUGAAACAUUUUUAUUGGUGAAAGACCAUUCCAGCCAUUCAGUUGAACCAUCUUAUAAUGGAAAUAUGGUAUUAAUAGUUUAUGAACAUUCUAUACAACAUACUUAACAGUUGUUGUAUGUAUGUCAAACAACCAAUCAAAGUUUAAAUAGACAGCUAUCUCCAUACUAAGAAAAAUUAAUAUAUACAGUAUUAGUACACUACAGUGCAUUCUAUGAAAUACAAAAUGCACUCAAGUGCAUCCACCAGGAAUAGAAAAGAAAACCUUAAAGGAUAUGUAUAAUGAAAUUUAAUAUUUAUCAUUUAAUAGUUGAUUUAGCAAGAAGUUGGGGUUUAUAAGGUAUAUACUUAAAAAAAAAAAACUGACACAUAGUUAACCCCAGCAGCUAUAGAACCCUUUAAUAUAAGAUGGAGUACUAAGAACAAAAAAUAAUUUAAAUUUAAUUAUUAAAAUAAUUUAGUUUUGUUUUUCAUUUGAAAAAUAAGCUAAUGUGUAAGGUUAGAAAAGAAAGUUGGAAUGCAACUUAGAGCAUGUUUAUAAUGUGCACAGAAAAAGCUUGAGAAUGAUAAUUUUGGUUUAAAUGUGCUGGUUAGUUGAUGUUAUGACUACUUUAAAUUUUAAGGAUUGUGACACACUCCUACUAUUGAAAAACCUCAGUGUAACUUUAAUAUAUUUGCUGCUGUGACAUUUCAAGACAUUUUCAGUUUAUCAAAAUGAAUUGCAGAUUUCAUUUUGGUGGGCGAUACAUUAUCAUUUUGCUAAUAACCAAAUUUGCAGUUUGUUCAGGGUCUUGAAUAGAUUUACAAAUAUUUAACACUGAAGCUGUUUUGAACUUUCAGUAAUGUAAACUCUACUAAUUGGGUAGUUAGAAGCUGGGCAGUGCAUUUUAACUUUUACUAGACUCAUAAGAGAGACUGGUCAUUUUUACAUAGCAGUUUUAAAAUAUGGGUCAAAGUAUCCUUGUUGGAUUUAUGGAGUAUGCAACUGUAGUGGUAAAAUGUUAUAAAGCAUAUGCCUUCAUAUAAAGAAUAGGGAUUUGCUUUAUGUAUUCAAAAUUCUCUGAGUGCCCCCUUUCUCUGUUAAAAUUCAGGUUCUGAUCAUUUUUCUAAGCCAGUUUUCCUAAGUCCAAAAGGAAUACUUUUAGCUGAAUUUUAAAAAUAAGUGCACCUUGUCAAAUACUUGUGUUUUUACACUUGUGUUUGUGUGUAUUUAAUAAUCACAUAUACGUGUAAUACUAAAGAGAUUUUCAGCUAUUAAAUUUUAAAACUGCUUACAUGUUUAAAGAAACUGAAGAGUGAGAAACUACACAACCAAGCAGUUAUUUGGUCUCUGAGAUCUAUACUGAACCCUCUUCAGCUAUUAAUGUUACCUACACACUAGGGUAUGAAUCCUCUUUUUUUUUUCAACCCAAGAAAAUAUACAUCAUAGAUUACAGAACAGCAGAUGUCAGGGUCAUCUUUCUUUUUAAAGAAUUAAGCCAUAUUUUGUGAGGGCCAGAACUUGGAUUAUUUAGUAUAUUUCCCCCUUCCCCCAAUGAAAAACAAAGUUAAAGGUAAAGUACAUAUUUCAAAACAAUUUUAUUGACCUCUUUAUACAGAAUUUUACUUGGAAAACUUUGGGGGCUUUGAAUGCAUUACAUAAUAUUUAUAUUGUAUUGAGCUUUUUUAUUCCUCACACUAUAUUUACAUUAAUAAAUUGAUUAAGAAGUUUAUAGUAAAGGGAAACUUACAGAACACUUUUGUAUCAUUUAAAAGAUGACCUGACCAAAAACUUUACAGGAUUCAUAAAUCAGGGAUCAUUUUGCUAUUGACUUCACAGUAAUCAGUAGUUUUAUAGGUAAUAUUAUAGUUAAUUUGCAGCAUUUUAGUACUUGUAUUAUUUAUUUUUGGUCAGAAAUAGUAAAUUAAAAUAUUUUUUGAUAGUUUAUAGGUAAUAAUCAACCCAUAACUUUUAAAAGAAACAAAACAUUUCUAUUAUUGAGUUAACAUUUGAUUAUACAAACUAGGAAAGGCAGGGAAAUUCCCCUUCUCCCCAGUGGUUCUAUUAAGAUGACCUUUAUGUUAAACUUUCAAAGUACUUUAUGAAUUUAGUUACCAGUUACUAUUUAUUAAUUGACAAUUUUCUGAAAAAUCCCAUUUCAGCAGACUUAAUGAAGGUGAAAGCAAUCCUUAUGUGCUUUCUACUUAUUUGAAUGUUCCUCAAGUAUUUUAUAUUUAAAAAAAAAAAAAAGAAGGAAAAGAAAAAACAGUGCCUCUGUUUUUAGAAAACUACUGCUCAGUAAAGUUGUUUAAACCAUUUCUGGUAGCUAAUGACAAUUUUAUAUUAAAUUGUAUACUAACUUUAGUGAGACUGAUUUUUUUAGUUGUUUACAGUACAAAUACUUGUAUUUGUUUUUUAAUUGCAGUAUUUCCAUUGUCGCAGUAAUUUAGUAAAACUCUGUGGCUGCCUUGAUUUUGACAGAUUUUGUUAAUAUAAACUGAUUGUUAGGCAAUUAGUUAUAUUUAUGCAUAAAUCAAUUGCACUAUAAUUCAUGAAUUAUUUAUUACAAUAUUUUCUAAUGAAUUCAUGUAUCUGUCUUGUGUUGUAAAUGUACUGUAAUUCUGUUCCUACUUUGUGUUGUUAUAUAUCUAAAUCUGAUUGUAUGAAUUUUAAUUGUUCAGUUAACGUGUUUCUAGGUUGUAAUUUGUAGUAAAGCACUUCAAUGCUUUUGCACUUAAAUUUACAACACUGUUGGUGUGUGAUUGAUUUACUUAUUCAGUAAAAGAAAAAAAGAAAAGAAAAGAAAAAACUGACUACACUGACUUCUUUGAUUUACUUUAGGAGGCAGUUUUAUUAAAUAUAGUAUUCUAAUUUACUUUUUCUGAAGAAAUAUUCCAACAUGUUUCUAAUGGGCAAAAUGGAUAGUCACUUACUAAAAAUAGGCAGGAUGUUUGGUUUAUAAAUCAAACAGGAAAAGAUUAGAAAACUUUAAAAGCAAAGGAUCUAC